CCACCGGCUCUAUGGACUCCUCUGUGAUGAUCUGGAACCUGAAGCCUCAGAUGAGAGCCUGUCGUUUCACCGGACACAAAGACGCCACGCUGUCGGUGCAGUUCUCCCCCUCGGGUCACCUGCUGGCCUCCGCCUCCAGAGACAAGACUGUUCGCCUGUGGGUGCCCAGCAUGAAGGCAGACUCGAUGGCGUUCAGGGCUCACACGGGCACCGUGCGCAGUGUUAGCUUCUCGGCUGACGGUCAGACUCUGGUCACCGCGUCUGAUGACAAAACCAUCAAAGUGUGGACGGUUCACAGGCACAAGUUCUUCUUUUCUCUCAGCCAGCAUAUCAACUGGGUCCGCUGUGCCAAGUUUUCUCCUGAUGACAGACUGAUUGUGUCGUGCAGUGAUGAUCGGACAGUCAAGAUUUGGGACAAAAACAGCAGAGAGUGUGUGCACUCCUUCUAUGAACAUACAGGAUAUGCAACCCAGGUGGACUUCCAUCCCAGUGGGACAUGUGUCGCUGCAACCUCCACCGACAACACCGUUAAGAUAUGGGACAUUCGCUCUCACAAGCUGCUGCAGCAUUACCAAGUGCACAGUGGCGUAGUGAACGGCUUGUCUUUUCAUCCUUCUGGGAAUUUCCUCAUCACUGCUUCCAACGACUCCACGCUGAAGAUACUUGAUGUGGUGGAGGGCAAACUUAUUUACACACUGCAUGGACACCAGGGCCCGGUGACCUGUGUGUCAUUCUCCAGGUCAGGAGAGCACUUUGCCUCUGGCGGUUCAGAUGAGCAGGUGAUGGUGUGGAAAAGCAACUUUGACUUUGGUGAGUGUGGAGAUGCUGUCAGGCAGCAGCGUCAUACCUCCUCUGGAGUGCAGGCACCCUCAGUGAGCUCAGCAACCCACCGCCCCCGCAAGCUGCAUGCCUCCCUGCUUCCUAGCCAGGUUGUGUUGAACAAUAUAGUUGAGAACUCCACUGCCGUAUCUCCUAAACAUCUCCAUGCCUCCACAGCAGACUUCAAACAGACCAAAUCUUCUUUGGAAGUUAUAACCCUCUACUUUCUCAUCGACCGCUCCAAGAUUGCCUAUAUUUUCACUUUACUUUCUGGUCAUGUCAGGAAAUGGGGAACUUACUCACCUAUCUCCUUUGUCAAGGAGAUGAAGAAGCAAGCUGAACAGCACCAAACCAGAGCCCCUCAUUACCGCUACAGGGCAAUGUGUGUGGCUGUCAACUCGGGAUCUCCCCCUGAGAGUAGGUUCCCCUCUCACUCUCCUCCAUCCAUGCCUCCGCCUUUGUCAUGGUUCAGUCCCCUACACAGCCCAGCGAGGAUUGGGGGCUUCCGGCGGGGACGUGGCCUCCAGUACCCGGUAGACUGGGAGGGCUAUGGUCCAGAGGAGAGAUGUUGGGUGCCCUUCUGUGACAUCCUGGAUCCCUCCCUCAUUCAUGACUACCAGCGUCAGCACCCUGGUUCUCCUGCUGGAAUGCCAAAGGGCAGCACGGUGGAGGUCAUGUUUGUAGUGCCCAACACCCUCAUGGACAGCCAGUCUCCAGACCUCCCUGUUUUUUACUGCUCGUUCCCAGGUGGUGUUAAUGUUGAUGUCAAACCUUUUGAUGUGGGCCUUGAUGUUAUCUUUAUAUUGCUUCUUUUGUCUUCCUGGGGCACUGUGUCCUGUCACAAGCUGAGACUGCCCUUGGUUGGCCAGUCAGGUUUCAGGGAGUGCGGCAAUAUCAGUCUAGAAUCUCCUCAGCUCUCGGUGAUGAUGGCAACCUCUGAGCCUUGGACCAGACAGGAUGUCCACACGGCCUCGUGUGCCCACAUCCACAGCCACGGUGAGGCUUUGAGGGAGACCAGCACCCCUCCCGCUUCCUCCCUUGACAGACAAUGGCAGGGACCACCACUGUACUCUGCCCAGAACCAGAUCCAGCACCAGGCUUCAGAAGGGGUGGUGCCUCCUGUGCCGGCCAGCAUGCUGGAGCACAUCAUAGGUCAACUCGAAAUCCUCACUCAGACAGUGGCGCUCCUGGAGAAGAGGCUGACUCUGAUGGAGGACAAGCUGAAGGAAUGUGUGGACAGCCAGGCAGAGAUCAGCCUCCACCUGCAGAGGAGGGACCACGUGGUCCAGAGAGACGAGGCCCAGCAGGACACUGAUGGAUGA